AUGGGGGACCAGAGGCGGCUGGACCGGCCGAGGUCCCCGGGCAUGGACUCCAAGCCCUGGUACUGUGACAAACAGCCUUCCAAGUGCUUCGCGAAGCGCAAGCACAGGCGCCUGAGGUUCCCGCCCAUAGACCCUCGGAACCGGGUAUUUGUGACGCAGGGCAUGGACAACUUCCGCUACGGCUGUCCGUCUCCCGAAGAUACGCUCGUCUGUCGCCGUGACGAGUUUUUACUCCCCAAAAUAUCUCUCAGAGGUCCCCAAGCUGACCCCAAAAGCAGGAAGAAAAAGCUGCGCAAGAAAGCGGCCCUGUUUUCCAAGCUCUCACGAGCCAAGCCAGCACGGAAGACGUUCGUAGAGGGAGUGGAAGCCCAGCUGACGGCCGAGCCUCCCUUGGCCAUGAACUCCAAUCUGGGAGAAGAUAUGUCUCCAGAUCUACUACUACAGGUGCUGAAACCGCUGGAUCCUGAGAGGAAGCUGGAGGACGCAUGUGCUUGUGAGGGCCAGGGGACGACAACCGACGAACCCAUGGAGCCUGGUAAAUACCCCUGCAGGGAAUUCUCCCCUCGGCCACCCGAGACUCGGGUGUCCUGUCUCCACCCAGAGCCUCCCAAGUCUCCAGUGUCUAGUCUCUGCCCGGAGCCUCCUGAGACUGGAGUGUCCCAUCUCCGCCCAGAGCCUCCUGAGACUCAGGUGUCCAGUCUCCACUUGGAGCCUCCCGAGACUGGAACUAGAGUGUCCCAUCUCCGCCCAGAGCCUCCCGAGACUCAGGUGUUCAGUCUCCACCUGGAGCCUCCCAAGACUGGAGUGUCCCAUCUCCUCCCGGAGCCUCCUGAGACUGGAGUGUGUCAUCUCUGCCCAGAGCCUCCCAAGACUAGCGUAUCUCGUCUCCACCCGGAGCCUCCUGUGACUGGAGUGCCUGAUCUCUGCCCGGAGCCUCCCAAGACACGCGUAUCUCAUGGCCCAGAGCCUCCUGAGACUGGAGUGUCCCAUCUCCACCCAGAGCCUCCCAAGACUCGGGUGUCCAGUCUCCACCCGGAGCCUCCCGAGACUGGAGUGUCUCAUCUCCGCCCAGAGCCUCCCAAGACUCGCGUACCUCCUCUCCGCCCAGAGCCUCCCGAAAAUGGAGAGUCUCUUCUCUCCCCGGAGCCUGCCAAGACUCGCGUAUCUAAUCUCCGCCCGGAGCCUCCCGAGACUGGAGCGUCCCGUCUCCGCCCGGAGCCUCCCAAGACUCGGACUCCGGUGUCCAGUCUCCGCCCAGAGCCUCCCGAGACUGGAGUGUCCCAUCUCUGUCCGGAGCCUCCCAAGACUCGCGUAUCUCAUCUCCCUCCGGAGCCUCCUGAGACUGGAGUGUCCCAUCUCCGCCCAGAGCCUCCCAAGACUCGGGUGUCCAGUCUCCGCCGGGAGCCUCCUGAGACUGGAGUGUCCCAUCUCCGCCCAGAGCCUCCCAAGACUCGGGUGUCCAGUCUCCGCCGGGAACCUCCUGACACUGGAGUGUCCCAUCUCCGCCCAGGGCCUCCCAAGACUCGGGUGUCCCGUCUCCACCCAGAGCCUCCUGAGACUGGAGCGUCCCAUCUCCGCCCAGAGCCUCCCAAGACUCGGGUGUCCCGUCUCCGCCGGGAGCCUCCUGAGACUGGAGCGUCCCAUCUCCGCCCAGAGCCUCCCAAGACUCGGGUGUCCCGUCUCCACCCAGAGCCUCCUGAGACUGGAGCGUCCCGUCUCCGCCCAGAGCCUCCCAAGACUCGGGUGUCCCGUCUCCGCCCAGAGCCUCCUGAGACUAGAGUGUCCCAUCUCCGCCCGGAGCCUCCAGAAACUUGCGUAUCUCAUCUCCGCCUGGAGCCUCCAGACACUAGAGUGUCCCAUCUCUGCCCGGAGCCCCCCAAGAUACGCGUAUCUCAUCUCUGCCCAGAGUCUCCUGAAACUGGAGCGUCCCAUCUCCGCCCAGAGCCUCCCAAGACUCCGAUGUACAGUCUCCGCCUGGAGCCUCCCGAGAAUGGAGUGUCCCAUCCCUGCCCAGAGUCUCCCAAGACUCGGGUGUCCAGUCUCCACCCAGAGCCUCUUGAGACUGGAGUGUCCCAUCUCUGCCCAGAGCCUCUAGAGAUUUGCGUAUCUCAUCUCCGCCCGGAGUCUACCGAGACUGGAGUGUCUCAUCUCUGCCCAGAGCCUCCCAAGACCCCCGUGUCCAGUCUCCGCCCGGAGCCUCCUAAGACUGGAGCGUCCCAUCUCCGCCCAGAGCCUCCCAAGACUCCGGUGUCCAGUCUCCACCCAGAGCCUCCUGAAACUGGAGUGUCCCAUCUCUGUCCGGAGUCUCCCGAGACUCACGUAUCUCAUCUCUGCCCGGAGCCUCCCGAGACUGGAGUAUCCCAUCUCAGCCUGGAAACUCCCAACACUGGUCGGGUGUCCAGUUUCCUACUACAGCCUCCCAGGACUCGUCGAGUGUCCAGUCUCCGCCUGGAGCCUCUCAAGACUCGUCGAGUGUCCAGUCUCUGCCCGGAGACUACCAAGACUGGAGUAUCCCAUCUAAAAGAACUGUUUCAGGAAGAUACACCAAACACAACGGAGUGUGUUUCUGACUCUCUUCAACAUAGAUACACAUCGAGAAAACUCCGUGACUUCAAGUGGGCAGGAGACCUGGGAGUUGAUGAAGAAUCCAUCAGCAGUCUGUUUGACUUUACCCCUGAGUGCAAAGCAAACUAUCAAGACCAAAAGAUUAAGACGGUAAAUGAGUGUUCCUCAGGGCUGGAGUGCAGCAUGGAGCUAGAUGACAUGGAUGAGGUCAAAUUCUUCUCACAGAAAAAAGACUUGGAUGGGAAAAUCCACACUGCAUCGAAUUCUUAUAGUGCGGAGCAUGUGAACAUGGGGUAUGGAGCAUGGUACCUCAAGCCUAAGUUGGGACAAAAGCUAAGAAGUGAUGAACCGUUGAUUGACCCCAAGCUCCUACUUGAAAAGCCUGAUGAACCCGACAUUCUUGACGGUCUUUAUGGACCAAUUGCCUUUAAGGAUUUUAUAUUAAGCAAGGGCUACGAAAUGCCUGGCAUCAUUCAAAGGCUGUUUGCCAGGAAUGGAUGGACUUAUGACUCUGUUAAGACUCCUAUUCAACGUGCAAUGCAAGUUUACAAGUACGAAGAAGACGUCACAGAUGCAUCGGAAGAAGAUUAG